ACUGGUGAUGGCCUGAUUGUCUUCGAUGCUCUCAACAAAGCUGCUGAGGCCGAGGGCAUCCUGAUCCCCUCUCUCUCGACACUUGGAUUCACUGCCAGCGACAUCAAACAUCUUGUCAUUACUCAUGAACAUUUUGAUCAUUAUGGAGGGGCCCGAUGGCUCCAAGACAACUUUUAUUUCUCCACAUACGCCUCGGCUACGGCUUGGAAAACUCUAUCGCAAUUUCAGGACGGACCGAUCAAGGACAAAACCAUCUCGGAUGGUGACCAACUGACGAUCGGCAACGUUACGUUCAAUUUCUUCGUGACACCGGGUCAUACGCCGGGCACUGUGUCGACAAUCUUUGAGGUAUCUGAUAACGGCGCAAAGCAUAUCGCUGGCUUCUAUGGCGGUGUUGGCAUUACAAGCAGUGCGUCAGCCAAAGACCGGCAAGUCGUGUCCUUGAACCGGUUCGCAGACCUGGCAAAGCAGGCGGGUGUGGAUACACUCAUUGCCAACCAC